AUGGCCUCAACAUCAAGCACGAAGGCGCCUCAGCCAGCACCAUGGAAAGCCACCUUCCUUGAGCACCUCAAUCAAAUGGACAAGCCAGAAUUCGUCUUCAGCUCGCUCCACCCAGCGCCUGAAGGCAGCCCUACACCCUACGUCCCAAGAGCAAGAUACUGCAUAUACCGCGGCUGCUGGGCGGAGCUGCCGGAGAACAAGCACAACCAAGCGGAGCAGAACGAGCGUGUAUACGGCAGCGAUUUACCCACUUUCACCACCGACGUGCGGAUGCAGAAGCAGUAUGAGCUCUUCGCCAGCUCGAGCGGGCAUGCGGAUAGAUCGGAGUUGGUGCAAGGGUCUGGAGGCGGUGGGCCUUGCGAGGCGGUGUUCUGGGCGAAGGAGGUGAUGGUGCAGUGGAGGAUGAAGGGGGAUGCUUUCAUUAUUGGUCCGGAUAUUGAGGGUGAGGGUGAGCAGAGUAAAGAGAGCAGUGGGGUGAGGACGGUGAAGAGUGAGGUUGGAGGGCGGAUGCGGGUAUUGAAGGAGGAGGAUCAGGAUAAGUGGUCUUGGAAUAGGGAGCUUACUGCACAUUUUGGGAAUUUGGCGCCGGGCAUGAGAGGCUCGUUCGCAGCUCCGCCGCCAGGACAGCCAGUGGACCAGCCAUACGACGAUAAGAACCUCGCUCCGGGUAUGAAGAUUGAGGACAACCACCACCCCGUUGCGAGGAAGAAUUUCCGAGUUGUCGUGAUCCGACCAGAUGAGGUGGAAAGUGUUGAUCUCUCGGAUCCGGCAAAGUCUCGACGACAGGUGUACAAGUAUGAUGCCUCGAGCGGCGAAUGGACCCAUCAAGAGUGCUGGCCUUGA